UAGGAAGUUCGCCGGGAAGGACCGGCGAGCGCCCAGACGCGUGCGGGUAACGCGGGCCGGCAGGAUGAGCUUCCCGGCCGGCGGCAGGAGCCCCGCAUCCCGCCUCGCCCCGGCCUCCCGGUGGGCAUAGCCCACCGCAUCCAGCACAUCGCCGGGCAUGGAGCAGUUCGUCAGGAAGCGCCUGACCUUCCUGACAUCCUUCUGGAACAAGCUCCGUCCCCGCUCCGUGACGGAGAGCUGCUCGCUGGGGUAUCUUGGCUCUGAUUCCGUUUCGCUGAACUCGGAGGCGACUUCCAUUUCCUUCAUCCCCAAGUCCUCUCUCUGUAUCGCUUUGUACGCUUUCACAGCCCGCAGCGCCUCGGAGCUGAGCAUAAGCGCAGGGGACAAACUGCGUGUCCUCAGAGAGGAGGGCGAGUAUGUCUUAGCCCGGCGGCUGCUGGGGGAGCCGGCCAUGGGCUACGUCCCUGCUGCCUACGUGGCCAACCUCAGCCAGGGCACCUCCGCUCACCGCCCCUGGUACUUCAGCAAGAUCAGCCGGAAUGAAGCAGAGCAGCUCCUCCUCUCGCCUCCCAACCAGCAUGGCUCCUUCCUCGUCCGGGACAGCGAGAGCAGCAAGGGCGAAUACUCUCUCUCAGUGCGCAACCACACCAAGGUCAGCCACUUCCGAAUCUGCAAGAGCCCCAGGGGCAGCCUCUACAUCCAGAAGGGACACCCCUUUCCCAACAUGGAGGAGCUCCUCGCCUUCUACACGGAGCACUGGAAGGUCAUCCAGAGCCCCCUGCUGCAGCCCUGCAGCCCUGCGACUCCUCCCGAGAGGGACGGCUGGGAGCGCCCGCGCUGGGAGUUCACCCUGCGGAGGAAGCUGGGAGAGGGCUACUUUGGAGAGGUGUGGGAAGGGCUGUGGAGGAACACGGUGCCAGUGGCCAUCAAGAUCAUUAAAGCUGACAUGAAAGCAGAAGACUUCACCAAGGAGAUUCAGAACCUGAAGCGCCUGAGGCAUGAGAAGCUGAUCCAGCUGCACGCCGUGUGCUCCCUGGAGGAGCCUGUGUACAUCAUCACUGAGCUCAUGCGCAAGGGCAACCUCCACAGCUACCUCAACAGUCCUGAAGGGAAGUCCCUGGGCACCUCCCACCUGCUCAACAUCGCCUGCCAAGUGGCAGAUGGGAUGAGGUACCUGGAGGAGAAGCACAUUGUCCACCGGGAUCUGGCAGCCAGAAACAUCCUGGUUGGAGAGGAACUCACCUGCAAAAUCGCUGAUUUUGGACUUGCCCGGCUCCUCAAGGAUGACAUUUAUUCCACCAGCAGCAGCACUAAAAUCCCAGUGAAGUGGACGGCCCCGGAGGCAGCCAACUACCGCACCUACUCCCUCAAGUCCGACGUCUGGUCCUACGGGAUUCUGCUCUACGAGGUCUUCACGUAUGGACAGAUCCCCUAUGAAGGAAUGACAAACCAAGAAACCGUACGGCAAAUCACCAGGGGCUACCGCCUCCCCCGGCCCAGCCCCUGCCCUCCCGAGAUCUACAGCAUCAUGCUGGAGUGCUGGAGUGGCAACACGGAGGAGCGUCCCACCUUCCUGGCCCUGAGGGAGAAGCUGGGCUUCAUCUACAGGCGGCUGCUCAGCUCCCUCUCCUGAGGGAUCCCUUCCCACCAUCCUUCCUGCACAAGCCCCUCCAGGCCAGCUCUUGCCAAGAAGUUCCUUCCUUCUGGUUUGCCCUCUGACAGGGCUACAAGGAAAGCACAUUCCCCCAGAAAACAGCCUGUGGUCCCUCACAGCCAGGGUGCAGGGAGGUGGCCCAGGGAGAAAGCAAAAAGUUGUGCAGAACUCGUUGCCAGCGCUUGGCUGUGUAACAGUUUGGAGAAGGCCCAAGGAGGCAUCACUCAAAGUUUACAUCUUCGUUCACUCAGUAGGGUGGGAGGCCCCUGCUGCUCCCCACACAAACGUGAAGGUUUGCAGUUCAUGUUCAGUUGUGGCUCUGCUUGAUUUAUCUUGUAGUGUGUGUCCGGUGUAUUUAUCAAUAAAUGUGUGCGCAUCCACCCA